AUGACAGUGGCUCAGUCAUCAGCACGUCAUGAAGGUGUGGCUAUCGUGGGUUUAAGUGCACAUGUUGGAGGGGAAAGUCGGGCUUCCUCUCAGGUCAGUGAUGACUCAGCAGAAUCUACACAUCAGCAGCCAGAGGAGGAUGUUGUGGACCACCUGAAGCUGAUCAGCUUUAACGUGGACGGACUGGAUGGAGAGAUGCAGCCAGAGAGAGCGAGAGGACUCUGCUCCUGCUUAACAUCACACUCUCCUGACGUCGUGCUUCUCCAGGAGCUCAUCCAGCCGUACGUUCGAUUCCUAAAGAAACGCUUCGCUGUCGACUACGAGUUCAUCGAAGCUGGUAAGGAGCAUUACUUCACUGGAAUGAUGCUGAAGAAGUCACGAAUCACACUCCUGGACACUGAGAUAGUCUCAUAUCCGGCUUCUCGGAUGCUGCGUAACCUGCUUACCGCUCAGGUGCUGUUCAAAGGCCAGAAGCUUCACCUGAUGACGUCUCACCUGGAGAGCUGUAAGGAUAACUCAGUGGAGCGGAUGAGACAGCUGCGGCUGGUGAUGAAGAGGAUGAGAGACGCGCCUGAUGAUGUCAUUGUGUUGUUUGGAGGAGACACCAACCUGAGGGAUUAUGAGGUGGCCAAAGUGGGCCUUCCCAGCAGUGUGAGUGAUGUGUGGGAGCAGCUGGGCGAGCAGGAGGCCUGCCGCUACACAUGGGACACCCAGACCAACACCAACAAAGGGAUCCGGUUCAAGUGUCGCCUCCGUUUCGACCGGCUCUACCUGCGCCAGGCGAGCAGCGACGGAGCCAUGCAGCUGAUCCCCGACCACAUGUCCUUAACGGGGAUGGAGAUGCUCGACUGUGGCCGUUACACCAGCGAUCACUGGGGGAUAUACUGCACCUUCUCUGCUGUCUGCUGA